AUGGCUUCCCCAAACGACCUCGCCAAGACUCAGACUGCCAUCAUUCAGCAUGAGAAUGGUGUUCUCAGAAUAACGCCAGGACUGCCGGUUCCAGAGCUUGCCCCCCAUCAGAUGCUAGUCAAAACUGCUGCUGUUGCCCUCAAUCCUUGUGACUUCAAGAUGCCUCUGCGUUUCCCCACUCCAGGUCUCUGCGAUGGCUGUGAUUUUGCUGGAACUGUCGUGGCACUUGGAAGCGAGGCAGCUUCUCGGGGACAAUUCAAGGUCGGAGACUUGGUCUUUGGUGCUGUCCAGGGAUCUAACUUAUCGGACCCAACGUCAGGGGCUUAUUGCGACUUUGUGCGAACUGAGCCAGAUCUUGCAUUUCGAGUACCCAGGGGAAUGGCCCUCUGCGAUGCCCCAUCGAUCUCUGGAACUGCCAUUGCAACACUCGGAGUGGCGCUCUUUUGGUCACUUCAGCUGCCAGGGACGUUUGAAACCCCCGCAAGUAAGCCAGAGCAUGUUCUUGUCUAUGGUGGAAGCAGUACUAUUGGAUUACUGGCAAUCCAGAUGGUAAAACUCUGCGGCCACCGGGUGAUAACUACAUGCUCGCCACACAAUUCGGACUUGGUACGCUCUUAUGGUGCGGAUCUAGUCUUUGACUACAACUCGCCAACCUGUGCCGAGGAUAUUCGAGUCGCUACCAAAAACAUGUUGCGGUUCGUUCUUGAUCCAUUCGCUGAAGCAAAAACCGUUCGCCUAUGUCAUGCAGCUAUAGGCCGAACGGGGGGUCGCUAUUGCGCCCUUGAGCAAUAUCAAGAAAGUUUAUGCUCGCGAAAAACAGUGAAGCAUGAGCUUGUCAUGGGAGGGGCCAUCUCCGGACGAGGCGUUGAGCUCCCAGAGCCAUACGGCAUUCCACCCCGCCCAGAGAUUGGUGUCUGGGCACGUACCUGGUACCGAAAGGUACAGGAGCUCAUCGAUGAUGGUAAGCUAAGGCCAUGUCCAAUGCAAGUUAUCACGGGCAAGUUUGAAGGGAUUCUAGAGGGCCUAGAUCUACUUCGACGUGGGAAGGUUUCGGGUAAAAAGCUCGUUGUGCCAAUGGUCGAUAUUUAG